AUGCGUGCGACGCGCGCGACGCCCGUGGCGCUCGUGCUGCACCUCGACGACGACGACGACGACGACGACGACGACGACGACGACGACGCCGCGCGCCGCCGCGCGUCCGCGUCCGCGUCCGUGGCCAUCGACGCGAACGGCCGCGUCGCCGGCGCGGACGCGCUCGACUUUUCGUUCCGAUCCUUCCCGCGCUUCCUCCUCCUUCGCGACGACGACGACGCCGGCGACCCCCGCGACGGGUUCCGAGCGAAGGCGUUGCUCCGCGACGCGACGCGCGCGUUCGUCGGCGAGUCGUUCUGGCUCGCCGCGGACGCCGCGCCGCGAUGCGCGCUCGAGUCGCUCGCGCGCGCGGUGUUCGACCGUCACGUCCCCGCGGACGUCCUCCGCGCGUUCCAGCAGACGAACGCGGAUGAAGCGCGAUUCGGCGACGGGCGAUUCGGCGGCGGGUGCGGCGCGGAGUGGUGGACGCAGGUGCGGCGCGUCGACGACGAGUGCCGCGAGGCGGUGGCGUUCCACUGGGACAAGGACGAAGACCUCGUGGACGAUUUCGGCGUCGUCGUGCACCCGCUGAUCUCCACGGUGACGUACUUGACGUCGUCGGGGGCGCCGACGGUCGUGUUGGGUGCGUCUCGGGUCGCGUCCGUCGUCUCGAUGUCACGGUUUCUUUUGUCGACGUGGAUGGACAACCAGCCACCACCACCACACGAUGUGCCACGUCAUCGAAUCUUUCUGUCCGAACCGUCCACUCACGACGACGCCUGGCCGCGCGUCCCUCCGUUUUCGUGUCUCGUCCCUCCAGAAAAAACCGCGCCGACGUCGUACGCGGAGACGGACGGCUUCCGCGGUUCCAUCGCAGGCGGCUUCGUGUCGUACCCGCUCGCGGGGAAGCACGUCUCUUUCGACGGGCGCUUUCUCCACGGCGCGUCGCGCGAGCUCGCGCGACCGACGGACGUCGAGGAAGGGUACGAGCGCGUGACCUUUCUCGUGAACGUGUGGCUCGGAUACAAGCCGCGCGGGAUCGACGCGUUCCCGGAGGAAGCGUUCGACGCGCUGACACCCGCGCCCGCGCUCGGGGAGGACGCGCACGCGAGAGAGCGCGAGCGCGUGAUGAGCGACGACGCGCAUUUCGGCGGCGCGUUUGAGACCGCGAGCGGCGGGAGAGGGAGGAUUAGUAAUAAGGGCGACGCGGACGGCGGCGGCGGAGGCGGCGGACUGACGCACGUCUUCGGGGACGCUCGGCAGCACGCGUUAAAACUGCCGCCCGGGUUGCAGGCGUCGCUCGCGCGGUGUCGCGGCGACGUCGUCGAGGUGACGUUUAAGCGCGGCGCGGAGGCGGUCGUCGUCGCGUCGUCGCCGCCUCCGCCGCGCCGCUCGAAACGGCGGCGCGGGGUGGGUGGGGUGGGGGACGACGUAGCGUAGAGGUAUAUCCUGUAGUAGGCACCUCUUGGAUC